CUUUUUGUCGCGUUUUGGAAAGAUGAAAUUAGCUAAUAGGACUGAUAAAAAUAUAGUGAUUUUCUUAUUGAUAGUAGUGCUAAGUGGAAUUUGUGUUGGGAAAUUGAAUGACAAGAAAUGGGAAAGAAAAGAAGAAGUAAAAAGAUUGGUCAAAAUGUGGUCGACAAAAAUAGGAGACACUCUUACAGAUCUGAGUGAGAGAAUGACCAGAGAUGUCAAAAUGCACCAAAGUUUCAAGGUUCUCGAAGAGAAACUAGUGAAAGAAGAUGCAGCUGAUCUUAUAGGAGAUGUAGCAUGGGACAUCAAACUCAUGAUGGAAUCCAAAGAACAUGCAGUAUUGAAAAUAGCUGACUAUGCAGAAUUCACCAACUAUCAUCGGGAUCCAAAACCAAUAUUUUUCAAUUCUUCGUAUUUUUAUUACAAUGCUGACAAUCUCACAAACACCAACUGGACCCAGGAGCGGGAACAAGAAGUCAUCGACGAUAUUCUCACUAAUGAAUGUCACUGGACUUGCGAACAACCAAGAUACACGAACUUAACCAAUAAUAUGUUCGCAAGUUACAAACGAAGAGAGAAACUACUAGAGCAACGAAGAAAUGAGCGAACUAGAGCAUGUAACUGUGAGCAUUUGCCAGAGAAAGAUGGUCCACCCUUAUCGUACCUACACCUGCCUUUAAAAUACAAUCCAAAAUUCGGUGAAGAAGUCAAUCCUCUGAUCAGUAUAGCUAAAUUAGCUAUAAAUGUUUAUCAACGAGAGCAAGGCGUUCUUGAAGGACUGAGAUGGUCUGAAGCCUUAGACUUGGUUUUCAAAGAGAACCACGCAAAUGACUCUUCUUUGACAUGGCAGUAUUUUGCGAGUCCUAGAGGUUUCAUGAGACACUACCCUGCUGUGAAAUGGUCUGAUGAACAAUAUGAUAAAACGUACGAUUUCCGUACGAGAACUUGGUAUACAGAAGCACUCACUUCACCAAAAGACGUUAUAAUUCUCCUGGAUAGGUCUGGAUCAACCAAAGGUAAAAGGAGGAUUGUUGCUACACAAAUCGUGAACCAAAUAUUGGAUACGCUCAAUGACAACGAUUUCGUGAAUAUCUAUACUUUCACUAACACUACAGAGCCAUUGGUCCAAUGUUUCAACGACACAUUGUUCCAGGCAAACGAGGAGAACCUGAGACUGCUCAGAGAACAGCUGCCAGUUUAUGAGGAAGAAUUCGCAGCAGAUUUGAAUCUGGGAAUGGAGAAAGCGUUUGAUAUCCUAGAAAAUUUUCGUACAACAAGAAGAAGUGCCAAAUGCAAUCAAGCAAUUAUGCUUAUCACAGAAGGAAUUGAUUACGAGUACAAUAAGGAACUAUUCAGAAUUCGCAACUGGAAUAAAGAUUUUCCAGUCAGAAUUUUCACUUACCAACUAGGUCAUGAUGAUAAUGAUGCCAAAGAAAUGGAAUGGAUAGCAUGUUCUAAUAUGGGGUAUUGGGGCAAUAUGACUGAAAUGGGUGAUAUUCGGGAGAAAAUGUUACAGUAUCUGAACGUAAUGUCACGACCGAUAAACAUGAGCGAGAAAAAGAAUAGGAAGUUCAUCUGGAGCUACCUUCACGUCGAUUUAGCCGAUCGGCGAUUAUCGAAUUGGCUGUGGAAAAAAUUCGAGGGCAUCCGUCAGCGGGAGGUUCUCAUCGAUCACAUCAAAAGAGAUUUUUAUAGACAACAAAAGAAUUUCACUAGCUCUGAUCACGUUCUCUUGAAAUCAACUCAUGGCUAUCAAAAAUAUCAAAAGGAAUGGAAAUUCAAAUAUAUGACAACAGUCUCGCUGCCAGUGUAUGAUAGACGACAUGAUCAAUAUGAAUUACUCGGGGUUGCUGGAAUCGAUGUUCCCUUACAUUUAUUCAAAGAUCUCAUUCCUUUUGAGAGGUUGGGUGUGAAUGGAUAUGCCUUCAUCGUCACCAACAAUGGAUUCGUCCUAUUCCAUCCUGAUCAUCGGCCUGAAUUUCAAAAUAUCCUAAAACCCACAUUCAAUCGAGUAGAUAUUUGCGAGGUCGAGAUUUUAAAUGAUGAAAAUGAGCCUAGGGUUUUCAAUGAAUUAAUUGUAAAGUUUCGCGAUAGAUUAGUGAAUCAGAAUCAAAGUAUUCCUGUAACGCUGAAUGUAAAGUAUCCUUUGAACGAUAACAAAAGAGUAAUGUUGACAAACAGGCACUACUACUUUGCUCCUGUUGGUCCUUUCACUCUUGGAGUCGUUCUGCCUGACAAGUAUGGUUUCGAUAUAAUUGAUAAAUCCAAAAUCGAACUGCCAACAGUGGAAUCCACUUCGUAUUUGCUGGCCUCUUCUUUUUGGAAAGUACAUCCAGACUGGAUAUAUUGUAGAAAAUGCAAGGGUGCUACUCCAGAAGACAAGAUUCGAGAUGCAUUCAGUAGAAAUGAAAAAUCUAAACUUUUGAAAUCGCUGUUCUUCGACAUGGAAGUCACAAAAUGGUUCGACGACAAAAGCGGCAUAGGAAACGGCGAGAAAAAAUACAUCAGCGACUACCAGGUCCACCAAGUGUUCAUGGCCACCUAUUCUGGCUUGACCAGAUGGAGGAUGUUCGAAGACCAAGAGAGUAUACACGAAGAGGAGGUGGACAGUUUCGAGAAAUGGAAUAACAAGGCCAUAGACGAAGAUUGGUACAGGAGAGCGGUGGAACUGAAUUUCGAAAACGAAGAUAUGUUCAUAUACUCUGUGCCGUUCGAAACAUCAGGAUAUGAGAAUAAUACCAUGAUCACCAGUACUAAAGCUAUAUUUGUAUCUAACGGAGAAUUGAGGUCGCCAGUAGCAGUCAUCGGUCUCCAGUUCAAUCACAGAGAAAUGUAUGAAAUAUAUAAUGAGAUAACAAAGGAGUGUGGCGAGAAGAAAUGUCGUUUGACAUGCAACAACAAACUGGAGUGCUACAUAUUGGACAACAACGCCUAUAUUGUCUUGAGCGACGAACCGGAAUUCAUAGGGCGUUACAUAGGCGACAUCAGGCCGGACAUACUGAACGACCUCGUAGAAGAUGGCGUUUUCAUAGCCACCAGGAUGUUCGACUACCAGGGCAACUGUCAAAAGAAGCCCCCAGAGAAGGAGCCCGAGGAAAUCAGAGUGAAGAAGAGGAAGGAGAAGCUGGCCAAACGAGAAAAGGAGUUGAUGAGACAGAAGAAAGAAACAACGGCAAGCAGUAAUGCCUCUCCAAGAUUGAAUUUGAUUCUUGAUCAUUUGCUGGCAUUGAAAAAUUGGAUAGUCAAGAUAUUUUUUCUAUUUUUUGGACAAGCAAUGGCUGAUGAUACAAGAUACUACAGCAAUAAGGACGAGAUGAUAGCUUUCAACAAAUUGGAAAUUGUCAAGACUGUUCCAACGCCCUGUGAUACCGAGCACUAUCUUUUCAACCUGAACCAGAAUCUGUCAUUCCCAUUCAUCCCCUUCAGGAAGGGAAAUAAGUUCGACUGUAGUUGGCCCUAUGCUAUUGAAAAAAUUCCAAAAACCAAUCUACUCUUUUUGGCAGCGAAUAGUGAUGAAGGAGAUGCUUGUAAGGAUAGAGAUGGGGGUACAAAAUAUUUCAUCGAACCAAAGGAAAUAGUGUACAACAUCCCGACAGUUGAAAAUAUCACUCUACCAUGUUAUAUAGCCAGAACUAAUAACUAUACAAGAAGGAUGUAUAUGGAUUGCCAUAACCGUAUUAAAAAGGAGGAUCAACUCAACUCUAGAAGCCGAUAUUAUUGUGGACACACAUGGGAUUGAACCUUCGGGUGAGAAAAUGUCAUCAUGUCCGAAGUCCGGUUGAAAAGUCAUUUCUUUCAUUUUCACUUAUAAUAUCGUGC